AGCGAAGAAACAAGUGAUCUUGACACCACCGGUAUCGGUACUAUAGAUCCUAACCUUAUGUGGCAAGCCAUUCAAGGCCUUGAAAAGAAGAGUGACCUUUGGGCGGGAACGCUUAAUAAACGCAUCACCGAUGCUUCACUUAAGCUGAAAAUACCGGAAACAGCUGUGGCAGAGCAUAGUUAAUAGAGGGAAUGGUUAUGAAACCCGACAAAGUUCUUUGUUGUAUGUUUUUGUUCUCUUUUUUGGCCUUGACCCUGCACAAAACACAAUAGUUGUUUACUCCGUAUUGAGGAACUAACCAAUAGAAACGUGCUGGUUACGUAAUUCAUGCAUAACGUAUGAACGCAAAACAAAAGAUUGUGCAGGGUCGUGGACCUUCUAACAUAAAUCUUGGCAUCUUUGUUUGCUCCUUUGAUGUUUGCCGGGCUUCACAACCAGUCACCUCCAUUAACUAUGGGCAGAGUGACUCGAACUCCCAAUCGAGACCUUCAACCAAAAAAGUAAAAACAGCUUUCUCAGUUCCGCGGAUUACUCAUCGGACGAAUCUGAUGGAAACGUGCAUUCCAUUCUUGGAAAGGAAAGGGAAGAAAAGCAAGAUGGCGACUCUCGCUACAAUCUGCUGAAGGAGAUCGAAGAGGAAUAG